AGAAUUCUAUCAUUGAUCUUACCCCCACUAGCGUAAAGCGGCAUGUCUACUGUAUCAAUCGCCACACCGGUAGGAUUUGGAAGCUCUAGUUGUGGAUAUUGCACUCCGCCUGGAGAGAGAGUGGCAGGAAGCAGCUUCAAAAAAGCAGGCCUACUAGCGUCUCGACUAUCAUGCGGGGUUUAUCAAAGGAUGAUAGAUCGGGGUUGGAGGAGAUCUGGGACGUACUGCUAUUUGCCAGGUCCGAAGUAUUCAUGCUGUCCGCAUUAUACAAUAAAACUCGACGCAUUAGCCUUCAAGCCGUCCCGGAACCAGAGGAAGCUCGUAAACAGAUGGAACAGAUUCAUUAAGCUUGGGGACGAUAUGGACAUCGACCAGGACCGGGAGACCGCCCGGCCGCCAAAGUUGACCUCUGUGUUUUGUCUCACCUCUAACAUCCACUUGUCCGAAAGAGAUUUCCUUCCCGAGACGGAGAAGUCACGUCACAAUUUUGAGGUGACACUCGAACAUUCAUCAUACACGGAUGAGAAGUACAACCUCUAUGUGACUUACCAAACUGAAAUCCAUCACGAUCCCGACAACACACCCAUAGACUUCAAGCGCUUUCUUGUUCGAACUCCUUUGAUUCAUGAAGCUAUACCUUACUCGGGAAUACCUCCUGCGCACCUUCCAAGACAAUACGGUUCAUAUCACCAAUUGUACAGGCUCGAUGGAGAACUGGUCGCAUUGGGUGUAAUUGACAUCUUGCCGGGAUGCGUGUCCAGCGUGUAUUUCAUGUAUGACCCCAGAUGGGAAAAGUACUCCCUAGGGAAGCUUAGUGCCCUACGCGAGGCGUCGCUUGCGAAAGAAAUCCAUGAUGCAGGUGUGUCGUCGAUGACCGCACUUUACAUGGGGUACUACAUCCACACAUGUACGAAAAUGAGAUACAAGGGCGAUUACUCGCCAUCUUAUCUCGCUGAUCCGGAGGACUACACUUGGCAUCCUCUGGAAUCCUGUAUGCCUUUAUUGAAUCGGUAUCACUAUGCCACGUUCACACAUCCCGAACAUUCGCUAGAGAGCCCAGCUGCUUUUGAAGUGAGCGAGAGCGAGGAGAACACCCAGGAGAUGAUGGAGGGCGUUAAAGCCACGUAUUCCGUCGGGAGGAAGGUGGUGUCACUAAUACCUGUGACAAUGACUCGACAAUGGGAAGAUGCGCAUGACCGGGAAGACAUAAUAUGCUGCGUCCGUGCCUUGGGAAAUGAUUUAGCAAGAGAGAUAAUAUUCCACAUGUAAAUAUGUCGAACUAGAGCUUCUGAAACGAAGCUAUAUUCAUCCAGUAGAGCAAAAACGAAGGUGGACUUUCCAGAGAAAGACAUAAGACGUUU